AGUCUGGAUUCUCUCUGAUGGAGUGUGCAUCCUCCAGUUCCUCAUUCUCCAUCCUGAAUCUCACCUGCUCAGACUCUGUCAGGCUGCUUAAUGGGACCAGUCUGUGCUCAGGCAGACUGGAGGUGAGGUCUAACCAGACUAACCAGAGGUGGUCCUCGGUGUGUGAAGCUGGCUUUGACCUGCAGGAUGCAGAGGUGGUCUGCAGGGAGCUCGGCUGUGGGGCUCCUUCGGUCCUCCAGGGGGCGCUCUAUGGAGAAGUGGAGGCUCCAAAGUGGACCAAAGAGUUCCAGUGUGAAGGCCACGAGUCUGCUCUGCUGGACUGUAGAAGCUCAGAGAGAAACACCUGCUCAGGUGGCAGAGAUGCUGGACUCACCUGCUCAGAGCCGGUCAGGUUGGUGGGAGGAGACAGUCGCUGUGCAGGAACACUGGAGGUGAAACUGCAAGGAGAAUGGAGACCAGUGAGUGACUCUGGCUGGACCCUGAACGAAGCAGCAGCUGCCUGCAGAGAGCUCGACUGUGGCUCUGCUGUUUCUGUAACAGUGAGACAGGAGUCCUCAGAUAUAUCUACUUGGUGGAUCUUGUCUCACUGUGUUCAGUCUGGAUUCUCUCUGAUGAACUGUGCAGUACCCAGUUCCUCGUCCUCCAUCAUGGAACUCACCUGCUCAGACGUGCUGUUUCGGCCCAACAUCUCCGUGUCCGUGGACGGGGUCUCCGAGGCCCAGCAGCAGGGGUUUCAGGUGUCCAGGGGUGUUCCAGCUUUAACAUCAGCUGCUCCGUCCAGCCUCAGUAUCCAGGAGGCUCCUUCAAGCUCCGCUUCGCCUCCUCCGACUCAUCACGUGACUACACCCGGCCGGCUGUCAAUCACUCUGCCAGCUUCCCGUUUCCUGCUGCAGAGCCCGCCCACCACGGGACCUACAGCUGCGUUUACGGCGUCCGUGUUUUCUCUCGUGACUUCUCCUCUGAGAGCCGCCUGCUCUCCGUCACCGUCUCAGGGUCAGAUCCAAGACGUCGGACACCUUUUAUCAUCAGAGUUGUCGUCCUGUCGCUGA